ACCCUCACAAGGUUAAAAUAAUUUAUCUAAUGGGCAAUACGUCUGGCAACGUGGCCACUUAUCUCAGGUAAAGCCCAUGAAGAAAUUUGCAGACUGACAAGUCCCGUUAUCACUUUAUCAACUUUUUAUUCCUUUAGUAGUUAGUACCUAGUGGAAAAUGUCGGACCAGUCCCAUCACCCAUCGGAAAGUUCCAAAGCACAUCUGUGACGCUCCGUGACGUGUCUCGCAUUAUCAUAAACUUGUUUUGACGAUUUAUUGCCCAAUGACCGAUAAGAACUAACUUUGGUUGCGAUAAGCACACGCACACGCCCUUUUUUAUUCUAAUUAAGAGUACUUAAUUAACUUAAAUUUGGAGGAAUUUGACAGGUGUCAAUGUGACAUGUGGAAAACUCUAACCUAAAAAAACUGCAUUUGCAAAGGAAAUCUACCUUCGAUCGGGAGAAGUUUAUAGAAAUUAUCCAUAAUGCAAACAGACACACACCCUUUUUAUUUCAAUUAUGAAAAAUUAAGUUAAAUUUGGAGCAAUGUGACAGGUGUCACGUGUGAUAUGUAGAAUGCCCUAACCUUAAAAAAUGUUGAAUUUUAAAAGGAAAAAAUCUGUUUCUAAUCAGGAAAAUUUUACGAAAUCGCGGAAAUUGUGCAAAAAUCAAUCAGUUUAUCGCAAAUCUGAAUCUACCUGACAUGAAUUUUGUCAUUUUAAUCAAUCAAAUUAAUUUGUUGUACCUGUCGAGUGCUACAUUUUUUGACAAUGAUACGAAAUUGUUUGACUCUAUUGAGGUUUUCUAGCCGCAAUUUAACUGUUUGGAACGUUUCAGCAUCACAAAAAUAUUUUCAGAGCACUCAAGCGAAGUUGAUCGAUGGUAAGAAAAUCUCUCAAGACUUCCAGAAGGAGCUGAAGGUGAAAGUGGACGAAUGGGUGAGUUCGGGGCACCGUCGCCCCGUCCUGAUCGCCGUGCUGGUGGGCGAAGAUCCCGCGAGUCAAAAAUAUGUCCACAAUAAAAUGCUGGCGGCGCGCAACGUCGGCAUCACCAGCGAGACCAUCCGCCUCCCGAAGACCUCCACCGAGGCGGAAAUCAUAGCCAAGGUGCACCAGCUGAACCAGGACCCCAAUGUGGACGGCAUCCUCGUCCAACUCCCGGUGCCUGAAGGCGUCGACGAACGAAACGUGUGCAACGCGGUGGACCCCAAGAAGGACGUGGACGGCUUCCACAUCCUCAACGUGGGGAAACUCACCCUCAACAUGGACACGUUUGUCCCCGCGACGGCUCUGGGGGUCAUCGAGCUGAUCAAGCGCUCGAAUAUCAAGACUUUUGGCAAAAAUGUGCUGAUUUGCGGACGCUCGAAGAACGUGGGGCUGCCCAUGGCCAUGAUGUUGCAUUCGGAUGCGAGGAAUGAGCUGUCGGGGGCGGAGGCCACAGUGGUGCUGUGCCAUAGGAAUACGCCGUUGGAGGAGUUGGAGUUUUUCGCCAAGAGGGCUGAUAUUAUUAUAAGUGCCACGGGGGUUGUGGGGUUGAUUAAACCGAAUAUGGUCAAGCCGGGGGCUUGUGUGAUCGAUGUGGGGAUUACGAGGAUUACGACUCCUGAAGGGAAGAGCAAAAUUGUCGGCGAUGUCGAUUUUGAAGGUGUUAGCAAAAUCGCAGGACACAUUACGCCAGUUCCGGGGGGCGUAGGCCCCAUGACUGUCGCAAUGCUCAUGCAUAACACGUUUAAGGCUGCCGUUGACCUUGCUAAAAAUUCAUAAGUAUUAUAUUUUAGACAGUAUUGUCAAUUAUUUAUUUUUUAAUAAAAAUUUAAAACUA